AUCGACUCGGCGGGAGAGACACAGAGAGAGCGUUCUUCGGCCAUCAUGAAGACGACGUGGAAGGAUAUCCAACCUGUGCCUACAAGCCAGGAGUUUCUCGACAUCGUCCUUAGUAGAACACAGAGACGACUGCCGACGCAGAUCAGGGCAGGGUUCAAGAUUAGUCGUAUUAGAGCAUUCUACACCCGAAAGGUUAAAUAUACCCAAGAGACAUUUUGCGAGAAGUUCCAGGCUAUUUUGGAUGGAUUUCCGAGGUUGCAGGAUAUUCACCCCUUCCAUAAGGAUCUGUUGAACACUCUUUACGAUGCGGAUCAUUUUAGAAUUGCGCUCGGCCAGCUGUCGACGGCGAAGCGUUUGGUAGAAACUGUCUCUCGAGAUUACGUCCGCCUCAUCAAAUAUGCCCAGUCUUUGUUCCAGUGCAAGCAGCUGAAGCGAGCUGCCUUAGGCCGCAUGGCCACCAUCUGCAAGAGGUUGAAGGACCCACUGCUGUACUUGGAACAAGUGCGACAGCAUCUUGGUCGUUUACCAUCAAUCGAUCCCAAUACCAGGACGCUUCUUAUCUGCGGAUAUCCCAACGUCGGGAAGUCGAGUUUCCUGAAGAGCAUCACAAGGGCGGACGUCGAUGUACAGCCGUACGCCUUCACAACCAAGAGCUUGUUUGUCGGCCAUUUUGAUUAUAAGUAUCUUCGAUUCCAGGCGAUCGACACCCCCGGUAUCUUAGAUCACCCUCUCGAAGAAAUGAAUACCAUCGAGAUGCAGUCGAUCACGGCCAUUGCGCACUUGAGAUCUGCGAUCCUCUACUUUAUGGAUUUGUCCGAGCAGUGUGGAUAUUCGGUGUCUGACCAGAUUAAGCUAUUCAACAGCAUUAAACCGUUGUUCUCGAAUAAACUGGUUUUCAUCGUCGUGAACAAGAUCGAUGUGAUGCGGCCUGAGGAUCUGGAUCCGGCAACUAAGGAAGAGCUGGACAAGCUGCUGACGAUCAGCGGUGUUGAGAUGCUUCAGCUCUCAUGCACUACUACAGAGGGUGUAACGGCAGUCAAAAACGCUGCGUGUGACAGGUUGAUUGCUGAAAGGGUGGCGCAGAAGCUGAAGACGGGGACUAACGGCUCCGGUACACCAAGUGGGAGACUUGGUGAUGUUCUGGCGCGCAUUCACGUUGCUCAGCCUUUGGGCGGCGUUCGCGAGACAUUUAUCCCAGACGCUGUCCAGAACCUCAAGAAAUACGAUAAAAAUGACCCAGAAAGACGGAAACUUGAACGGGAUAUCGAGGUUGAGAACGGUGGUGCUGGUGUGUAUAACGUUGACUUGAAGAAGAAUUACACACUUGCCGACAGCGACUGGAACCACGACAAGAUUCCAGAAGUGUGGAACGGAAAGAACAUCUAUGACUUUGUGGACCCUGAUAUCGAAGAGAAACUCCGACAGCUGGAGGAAGAGGAGGAGAAAUUGGAGGCAGAAGGAUACUACGAUUCAGAUGAGAGUAUCGAAGAGGCGGAGGAUGCGGAGAUCCGUAUGAAGGCCGAUCUAAUCCGAGAGAAGAGAGUACUUUUGCGCAACGAUGCCAAAAUGCGAAAAUCUCUCAAAAACCGUGCGCUCAUCCCCCGAAGCGCCAAGGCCAAGAAGUUGUCCGAAAUGGAAGCUCAUCUCGAUUCGAUCGGCUACGACGCUACUGCAUCAUCCGCUCGUGCGCGGGAACAGCCUCGUGGUCGUACUACAACCCGCAGCGAGGCUGACUUCAAUGAAGACGCGAUGGACAUCGAUACAGCGGAUGAUCCUCGCCAGGCUGCCCUGCAAAGAGCAAAGAGUCGAGCCCGCAGCCAAGCGGCCACCAAUCGUCUUGUGGAUGGUGUCACUAGCACUACGGCUAGAUCGAAGGCAGAGCGGUUAACGAAAUUGGGCCAGAAGAAGAUGAAUCGGAUGGCGAGACAAGGAGAAGCUGAUCGUCAUACUGUUGCUUCUCUGCCGAAACAUUUGUUUUCCGGUAAACGUACUGUCGGCAAAACGCAGCGACGUUAAGCUAUUAUUUCUUUUCCAGGUCAAUGAUGAAAUGAUACCGGCACUUUCCAAAUGGUGGCGUUUGGUUGGCGUCUUUCUGAUCUUUUUUGGGGCCAUAAAGGAUUGUAUGCUUUUCUCUCAUAUGGGUUUUCAAAAGUUGAUCUCAAUGCAGCUCCCAUAUCCACAUAUUCUUUGGAUUGGAUUCUGCCAGUUUGCACAUCUUAGUUACAUAAUAAUUCGAAUAGCUAAAAUACAAUAUCAUAUCAAGCUAUUC